AUGGCUACUGUCAUUACAUGCUUUGAUGACUUGCUCGACGACGAUGCAUUGUGCCACCCGUGGAAGAAUGACUCGAAGCCAUCAAAGACUAUUUGGGAGCCUUGCGAAAACAUGGAGAAAGCCUACUGGCAUAAAUAUUCAAAAUCCUCGAGCUAUAACACCCCAUGGUUGCUUGCUAAUGGAUGA